UUAUAUUAGAAUGACCACAAAACCUGAAGAUCCAAUUAUUGAAGUUAAGAAAGCAGAAAAUAUAACUAUAUACUGUGCCACUAAUGGAAGAGAUGUGGAAUGGGAAAAGAAUGGUGUUAAGAUUAAUGGGACUGAUUUGGAUAAGGAUGGAGACAACGAUGUAUUGGUCAAAGAAAACAACACUCUGAUAAUCGUAAACAGUGAGGUGACAGAUGCCGGGGUUUACAGUUGUUUUAUUGAACAUAUACUUGAUGGAAAGUCUUUAAUUGAAAAGGAAUCAGUAGAAAUCCAAGCUGUUGUAGCAGUGGAGCUUGAGCAGUCUGUUAAUCUAGAGGAAGGUGAGACUGCACACAUCAAAUGUGAAAUACAAGGAUAUCCUGUACCUUCUGUAGUUUGGUAUAAAGAGAGUGAAGAAAGUGGUACAGUGGAACUUGUAAAUGGCACUGAAAAAGGGCGUGUAUGGAUAUCAGUGGAAGUCAAACCAGAGAUGAUUAUAUCCACUUUAAUUAUUAAGAGUGUUCAGCAUGAGGACAGAGCUUUAUACAAUUGUACUGCAGCAAAUGAUUACACAUACGACUCUGAAGAGUGUAUGCUACGAGUUAAAGAUCGUUUGGCUGCUCUUUGGCCAUUUAUUGGUAUUUUAAUUGAAGUUGUUGUAUUAUGUGCAAUUAUUCUGAUUUGUGAAAAACGACAGAAAGGAAAACAAGCUCAAGAUGAAGAUGAUGAUGAAUUACCUUCAAAGAAACUGAAUGAUAAUUCAAGCAAAGAAGCUGAUAUCAGACUACGCAAUAUUAACUCCUAAACAUCAACACUAUUCACAACUUUUCACUGUGUUUGUUGUACUAAUUGUUAGGAUGACUGACUAAAAUGUGUUUUAUUUUUAAUUUCACAUCUGUGUUUAUAGCUGAAAUCUGAAUUAUAUAUUGAUGUUACCAUAAAUGUUCAAACGGAGAUACUGAUUAUCUCGUGCAUUCAUCUUCAGUUUAUACUGUGCAUCACAUUUGCAGUUAUUGAUAACGCAUAAACACUUCCAACUAUGUACUGUUAAAACCAUUGUUUUUCACUGGCAUUUUAAUUUCACUGUUUCGGUAUUGUGA